AUGAAGAUUUCCGAGGUCCUCCUCACAGCUGCCUUGGGUUUUUUAGGGGCCACUGCAAGCAGCAGCUGGUUUCCAGGUUCCAAAGCAGUAUAUAACAAAUGGCACCAGACGGAACUUGAGCGUUGGCUGUCUGACAAUGAUAUUCCCUAUCCAAAGGCAUCAGACCGAAAAGACUUGGAGACGCUAGUUCAAAAACACUGGAACAACGUCAUUGUGCAACCAUAUCAAAGCUGGGAUGCUGCCCGACUGAGCACCUACUUGCGCGAAAGGGGACAAGACCUUCAUGCGGCUGCCGAGGAAUCCAAGGACAGCCUCAUUUCGCAAGUCAAAGUGAACUGGUACGAAUCCGAGGAGGUCGCGCGACAGGCGUGGGCCAACACCAAAGAAUGGAUUCUAGAUAGCUGGUCGGAGAGUCAACUGAAAGCGUUUUGCGACGAGCAUGGUAUUCCAGUGCCGCAACCACGUCACAGGGAUACUCUUCUGCAAAAAGCUCGGCUUGGGUAUGAGACGGUGGCCAAGAAGAUGGGCGAAACGGCCGCAUACCCUGGUGACUGGCUCUACGGAGCCUGGAGCGAAUCCGAUUUCAAGGCAUGGCUUGAUAAAUACGGCAUUCCGGCUCCCCAGCCCUCAACUCGCGACAAACUUGUUGCUGCCGUCCGCCGAAAUUCUAGGCUGGCAUACUUAAAAGCCCAGCAGGAGGCUGCGAGUGCAAGUGCAAGCGCACGAGCAGCGUACGCCACCCUGACAGACAUGAUAAUCGAUGCCUGGGGUGAAUCUCAACUGAAGGAAUUUUGCGACAAGAAUAACAUCCCCGUUCCGCAAGGCACGAAAGAGAACGAGCUCCGUGCCUUGGUUCGCAAGCACCGAGCCGAUAUUUUAGGGGACAAUGUUCGAGCAAAGGCGAGCUCCCAGUUCGGAGCUGCCACUUCUAAUGCGCGAAACGAGUAUGCCCGAGCCACUGACAGUGCCUCUCUCGCGGCCGCGGACGCCUUUAACCAAGCAACGGCCAAGUGGUCGGAAAGUCGCCUGAAGGCGUAUUUGGAUGCUCGUGGGGUCCCGGUGCCUCAGACUUCUGACGUAGAUCAUUUACGAGCUCUUGUUCGAAAGCAUGCCCACAAAGCGGCAUCGGGCUGGCAGGCAUGGUCAUUCGACGACUUCAGUUUCGCAAACCUAAAGCAAUAUCUGGCGGAGAAUGGUGACGCUGUCGCCAAACGGGCUGCCCAGAAGAAAGAUGCUACGCGGGAAGAGCUUAUCAGCGCUGCGGCUUCUGCUUAUUCAUCGGCCUCGUCAGCUGGCGGAAGUCGGUUUGCCUCGGUUACCAGCUACCUCUCCUCGGCUACCGCGUCCGUUGAGAAGGCCGCUUUCGACUCUUGGACUCGCUCAGAGCUGAAGGCAUACCUAGACAGCUGUGGUGUCCCGGUGCCACAAGGCUCCGGGUUGGAAGAGCUUAAGGCAUUGGCUCGUCAACAGUCAACGUAUUUCAAGUUUGGUACGUCGUCGCCGUCCGGUACUGUAUUCGCAAAAAUAGGAGAUGCUGCAGCGCAAGCGUGGAAAUGGACACUGGACCAGCUUAGAUUAGGGAGCGAAGCAGCACAGGAAAAGGUACAGGACGCGAAAGGAGAAUUGUAA